CAUCCCAGCUCCUGACGCCCACACCCCACUGAUCGACUGGCUGGGUGGCAGCCAGAGGGACCCCACUGCUGCCGCCCCGCACAGGGCAGAGCCGGCCCUUGGGGGAGGAGCGGCUGGCAGGUUCGCAGGCACCGAGGGCAGCCGGCUCCGAGCCCUGCGGCUUGCGCCGGCGGGAGCGAGCAGGCUGUAGGCGGCUCCUUCCUGUGCAAACUUUUCUCUCCUCUUCCUCCUCCCGCCCUCCCGCCCAGCUGCUCGGCGCCCGGCGUCCAGCCUCCCGGCCCCUCGCACUGCCUGGGGGGCGCGGCGCUGCCGGCAGCACCGCCCUCGGCGCCAGCCCCACCCCGCGCUCCGGUCCGGCCACCGGAGGACCCGAUGGCCGAGGCGGAACGGAGCCCCGCGGAGCCCCCGGGGGAGCCGGUCGGGCAGGUGGCGGCCAAAGCCUCGGAGUCCGAGGCGUCCGCCCCGCCGCGGGCCCUACGCCGGCUGCCCGGGGACCCGAGCCCCCGCGGCCGCUCCCAGAGCGACCUGUCGUCUUGCUCCAGCAGGGGCCGCCCCCUCCGGGUGCACAUCUCCGGCUCAGUUGACGGACUGGACAAAGCUUCCAUAGCCAACUCAGAUGGCCCCGCAGCAGGCUCCCAAACGCCUCCCUUCAAGAGGAAAGGGAAACUCUCCACCAUCGGUAAAAUCUUUAAGCCCUGGAAAUGGAGGAAAAAGAAGACCAGUGACAAAUUUAGAGAAACCUCAGCAGUAUUAGAAAGGAAGAUAUCCACAAGACAAAGUAGAGAGGAGCUGAUAAGAAGGGGAGUUCUUAAGGAAUUGCCUGAUCAAGAUGGAGAUGUAACAGUUAACUUUGAAAAUUCAAACGGGCACAUGAUACCCAUCGGAGAGGAAUCUACCCGAGAGGAAAAUAUAGUAAAAUCUGAAGAAGGUAAUGGCUCUCUAGCUGAAAAAGCACCACCUCUGGAGGAAAAGGCAGAAGAGAAGAAAGAGAACACUGAAAACCACUCUGAAACACCGGCAGCUCCUGCUCCACCUCCUUCAACUCUUCCUAAGCCUAAACCCAAACCUAAGCCCCCCAAAACACCUGUGCCUCCAAAAGGGGCUGCUGCUGGGGCCAGCCCCAAGGGUGACGAAGUGCCUCCUAUUAAAAAAAAUACCAAGGCUUCCGGUAAACAGGCCCCCAUCCCUCCACCCAAGCCAACAAGCCGAAACGCGACCCGAGAGGCUGCUGGUUCCUCUCAUUCCAAAAAGACUACGGGCUCCAAAGCAUCAGCGUCACCAUCUACUUCUUCUUCGUCUUUUCUCAAAACUUCAAAGGAGACAGUUUCUAGCAAAACUGGGACGGUGGGAACCACAAAGGGCAAGAAAAAAACUGGCAAGCGGCCCACGCCUCGGCCAUCCUCAGAUGCAACCACUGCUGGUACUUCCGACCUUAAAGGAAAGCCAUCGGAGGCCAAGGUGGAGAGUCUCAAAACUGAGCCAGCGGGCCCUGAGACCGAGGAGCUGAGCACAGGCAAACCCAAGUCUGCGGUCCCUCCACCGCCUGUGACCCCUCCCCCCCCUCCCCCGGACCCCCAUCUUGUUCUGGAGGAACAGUGCGUUUUUGCUGCAGACACUCCUAUUGUCCUGGUCAGCAAUGGAGACGACGUGCCCGUCCCUACCUUAGACGGGAGUCAGCUUCUCUGGACUGAAGAGCCGACAAACACAACCACUGUGCACUCAGGCACUGGCUUCAGUGUUAGCAGAGAAAAUGCAAAAUGUUUCACAACCAAAGACGAGCUGGGAAAGGCAGCACCUCAGCUACUGGCUCCUGGGCUGAUGGGAGAGUCUUCCGAAUCCUUCAGUGCCCAGGAGGAUGAAGGCCAAAGGGAGUACCGGGCCACUGACUCGGACUCUGAUGGGCCGAUCUUGUACACUGACGAUGACGAUGAAGAGGAUGAAGAUGAGGACGGCAGUGGAGACAGUGCUUUGGCAAGUAAAAUCCGACGAAGGGAUACUCUUGCCAUCAAACUGGGCAACAGACCGUCCAAAAAAGAAUUAGAAGACAAGAACAUCUUGCAGCGGACAUCUGAAGAAGAGAGGCAGGAAAUUCGACAGCAAAUUGGAACCAAGCUAGUCAGGAGACUUAGCCAGAGGCCCACAACUGAAGAAUUAGAGCAAAGAAACAUCCUAAAACCAGAAAAGAAUGAAGAGGAAGAACAAGAAGCAAAAAUGGAACUUAAACGCAGACUCAGCAGAAAGCUCAGCCUGAGACCUACGGUGGCAGAGCUACAAGCUCGAAGGAUCCUGCGGUUUAACGAGUAUGUAGAAGUCACCGAUUCUCCCGACUACGAUCGCAGGGCAGACAAGCCCUGGGCCAGGUUGACACCUGCAGACAAGGCAGCAAUACGGAAAGAACUGAAUGAAUUUAAAAGCACAGAAAUGGAAGUGCAUGAAGAGAGUCGGCAGUUUACAAGGUUUCAUCGUCCGUAAUGAGGUGUGAGACUCUUUGGAAACAUAGACUGAUCAUCUUUGGGGGCAGCCUCGCUUCCUAAACACCUGAUACUGCAUUGCACUGGGAUUUGACUGUGUGUGUUUCCAUUUAACUUGUGGUGAAGGAAGCGUGUGGAAAGUGCUCCCCACCUGUACAGCCCAGAUGUGGCCAACAAGCCAAGGGUCGGGUGUAGUGACCCUGCUGUCCAGCAUGGGCACUGAUGGUAAGGGACACAAUGGUUGCACCAGUUAUUCUUCAUCAGGGGUUUUAAUCAAAGAAGAUGAGCAGAAGACAAUCGCUGGCUCCCUGUUACCAGAAAGCCAAAUUUUAGAGUGCAGGUUAAAGGGGGUGAGCCGGGGAUGGAACGUCUGGGCACUGGUAAGGGGUGGGGGUUGAAAAACAGAAAGAACGAGAAAAUUUCAUUAUGUUAAUGAAAAAAGAACAUUGAAACUUAAAUGUAUUUUUGAAGAAGGCUUUUGAUAGCUGAGAACUUAUUAAGGGCUUGGGGGUCUAGUCACCCCCUGUGGAUUCCUUAGAGACCUGAUCCUAGAAGAAUAUUCUUUCACCCUUAUGUUGGUGCAGUAUAGUACCAUUAUUUUGUAUUGUGCCAGUGAAUCUAAUUGCCACAAAUAAGUCUGAGUGUUUUCAUGCAUCUUUUUCUUAAAUGCAAGAGGCUUUCAUGGACUUUUAACAAGCAUGCUUACCCAAAUUCUGUUGCAUGCUUUAAGUAACAUAGCUAUACACACUUCACUUUUUUUUUUAGACUCUUUACCUAAUGCACCAACCUCCUGCAAGGAAAACAGGACUGGGAAUAAAUUCAGAUGGGAUGUGACCCUAUUAGUCUGUAGCAAGCUUUAGAAAUAAAUCUGUUGGUCUUUCCCUAGCUUGAUUAUCUUCAAAGUUGAAACAACCAUGCUUGAUCUAAGGAAGAUAAUAUUGACAAUCACAUCUUUUUAAAAAUCCUGAAUCCAAAAUUAAAACUUAAGCAAGGUGCAAGUGUUCUGCCCCCAGUUAGCUUUGAGUGGGACUGCAAAGGAAUACUUAUUUUCAGUGCUGCAUUAAGUUGGAUUGCUGCUAUUAAAAAGAUAAAGUACAUGGAUCAAAAAAAAAAAAAAAACUCACCCAAAGAUAUAUAAGAACACGGGAAAUUUUUGCUAAGUUGAGAAUGAGGAGAAUCUCAUUUUGUGUUUUAUGUCUCUGCAGAUUGCAUCCAUAAAUAUAAUAUUGACUUUCAGUGCAAAAAAAAAAAAAUAGGUGACUUUAAAGUUAUGGAAGGUGUCCCUAUGAGCCUACAGUCAGUAUUGUUUACAUUAAUAAACCCUCUAUUUCAUCUUACUAUUUUCCAUGGAGUCACAGGCACAGCAUGGCUUCUGCUCUCAAACAUGUGACCACAUGUAAAUACUACCUUGCAUUUCAUUGUUUGUUCACAAUUGUUUUGGGCCCCCUUUUAUUAAAAACAUAUGCUUUGUGUAAUAAGACAAGACCUAACUAGACUUAUUUUCUGAAAUGAUUCUGAUUCAUAAUAUGGAGGACUAUAAUUUUCAAUCUCAACCAAAAAGCAAACAUUUCAUCUGGUGGAUAAAUUUGGAUCCUGCCAUUUAUUUAUAUUUGAUAUUUUAAAGAACUCCUUGAAAUGGGGGGUGAUUUUGCUUAAAAGUAAAAAAACAAAUUGGCCCCAUUUAGUCUAUUACAACAAACCAGGACCAUUUAUAACUGAAAAUUGACCAGCAUUGUUGCAUCUCUUGCCACACUCAGCCACAUGCUGUUAGUGAAAUGGCGUAGGAUUUCUGCACUGGUGUCAUUUCAGUAAUAGGAUCAGAUAUAUUUUUGCUCUGAAAAAAUGUUUCUGCAUGCCAAGUGGGUUUCUCCAGCUGAGGUUGAGUCCAUUUCAUAGUGCUUACAUCCAGCUAUAGACAUGACCUAUGUUCGCAUUUUUUCCUGAAGUCAUUACAUUAUUUUAUUAUUAUUUUGUUGUCUUAGGAAAAAUACCAAGGAAUGUAAUGUUAUUUUAAUUUUCUAUACUUACGAUUUUUUAACAAAUCACAAGGCCUCACUUCCAUAAAAAUGGUAAACAUAAGACAUCACUGUUUUAUUACUCCAAUACAUGUCAAAGAAAGUCCCCACUUAAUUGAUAAAAGGCACAGUUUUUUCCCCUCUAGUGGUGCAUGAAAUGCAAUUUUUUAUUCCUACAAUGAGUGCACCCAAACAAAAAUGAGAAUCUGGUGCCUCGAUCCAUUGUUUUUCUUGUAUGAUAGGUCAGAUUUAGGAACUACCCACACUUUUUCUUCAUACUGAUUUAUAUGCUUAGAGAAAAUUUUAAGAGACAAGCGUAAAAGUAAGUAAGUAAAUAAAUAAAUAAAAAUUAACUGUGGCUAGUCUGAAAUAUAAGGCUUGGAACCACCAGUUACUUCAUUAAUUGAUUCUUUAAAUAAAAAGCUGUGGAAAGAAACGAAGGGUUGUGUACUAAGCUGUAUUCUGCAGAAUAGGCUCUAUUUCCAUAGCUAAUUCUAAAAGGCGGAAACACUGCAUACCCACCCCAGCAGCCAAUCCAGAGGCCUCAUGCUUGGGAGCCCUGGAAGGAUGUGAAGGUGUGAACACCACCCCCACCCCUGCAAUACAAGUAUGCCUCUGCCUGAGCCUUUCUACAGUUUCAGCAUUUCUGCAAUCCAACCCAUACGCUGCAGUUCUGUGGAGAAACUAAAUGUGUGUGUUAAUUGUAUUGUUGUUACACAGCUCCAAGUUAGGCUGAAGUGUGUGGGUUUUCCUGAGUCUCCAAGAUAUGAUUCAGGGGGAAAAACAAAUCCAUCUCCAGGAAGGUGCCAGGUAGGAAAGAACUAGACAGACUGUAAGUAGCCAUUUCCAUCAUUCCUAAAAUGGAGAAAGGAACAUUAGCAUUAAGGGCUUAAAAAGAUGCCAUGGGCUUAGCAUCUUCAGGGUCAUUACCAAUCAACCUCACAAAUGAGACCUCUGGUGAGCAGCAUUAUUUAGGGCAGCCUGCCCGAUAGUUUCCUGUGUAUGUGAAAUGUCUUGCAUUUUUUAUCAUCAAUAUUGUUCACCCUUAUGUUAACACCUUAAAUUAUUUACAUUAAACCUAUAAUAUUCAGAGAACCAUUUUGGGUAUUUCAAUAACUUUUAAAUGGAGGAAAAGGCAAACUCAUCUCUCUCUCUCUCUGAAAAACUGACUUUCUGGUUUUAUUUUUAUAUCCUUUAUUAGUACAAUGAUUUUUCACUUAUCUUUUUCUACUGUUAGUAAAUAUAUUCUGUAAGUAGAAAGUUCUGAAAUUUAAGUGAAGAUCUAUUUAAAGACGUAGAGGAAUUGUAUAUACCCUUCAAAUAUGAUCCAAUAUUGAAAAUGAGAGAUAAGUUCUUUAAACCCAUAAUUCGGGUUUUACACACUGCAGUUAAUUCAGUGCUGCACUGGCACUUUAAAAAAAAAUACAGUAACUUAUAGGAGAGAAAAAUCUGCUACACGCCUGUAAGUUCCACACUUUAACACAUAACAGCCAUUAUAUGUAUACUUAAUGGAGUCAGACAGACACAACUUUCAAAAAUUAUACUGUAUUCACAAUAGAAAAAGGAAGUCUUGUCUACCGCAUAGUUGUAUGCCCACAUUUAAACAGGGAAGGUUUCUUUUCUUCCUUUCUUGCUCAGAAUUUUCUUCAGUGUUAUUAUUUUGUAAGUGGUCCCAGCAGCACAUUUCACAGAGUGAGAAAUCUCUUUCAGAAUAGGUGAGAAAAAAUCAAACUUGUACAAGACAUAUAAAUUUAUAUCAUUUCAUCAGUAUGGUAGCUCAUGCAUUCCUAAAUUCCAGUCAUGUUUUAAGCCUAACCUUACUAGUAAAAGUAUAUACUUUGAAACAAAAGUUAUUUUUUUCACAUCGUUAGAAUAUGCUGUGAACACUGAGAACCCACUUAGAUGCAGUUUCUUACCAAGUUGUCUCUUGGCCAUUAUUGAGUAUUUGCUCUCUACUGGUACUUAGGGGUGGGCUAUAUCAGUUCGUUUUAUUUUACUAAGCAGAAUGAACUUCUAGAACUAAAGUCCUAGAGGAGAAAAGUAAUCAUCAAAUUAAUAGGCCCAUCUUUCUGAGAGAAAGCACGUUUCCGGCUAGUUCAAACCCAAGUUUCAAAGAGUAGCAUGGGACUCUACUAUAAUUUGGCAGUUCAAACCCAAGUUUCAAAGAGUAGCAUGGGACUCUACUAUAAUUUGGCAGUGACCAAAGGGUGGCAGGGACAAAGGCAGAAUACUCCCAAACCAUAUUCUCUCUCUCUCUCUCUCUCUCUCUCUCUCUCUCUCUCUCUCUCUCUCUCUCUCUCUGUAAUCAUUAUGCUUUAGCUCUGUAUGGAAAUGUGCACCACCACUAGUAUUUCUAGAAAACAACAGAAACAUAGGCUGCUUAAGCUUUUUCAAAGACAGGGCCAUCCCAAAUUAACAAAUCCCAUUGUAUAUGCUGUAAGAUUUCUAGGAAGAAAAAAAAAGGAGAAUACUAUGGCAGUUAUUCCCACUGAAAGCCAACUUAGAGGCAAGGGAGUCAUUUUUAGCUAUGCUAGGAUUUGCUGCACACACACACACACACACAGACAAGUCAUUUUGCUUGUUGCACUGCUAGCACAGCUGCACAUAUGAGCAAAGCACUGUGGAUCAGUGUUUCUCAGUGGGGAUGCUGUUGGCAUUUGGAGCUGGGCAAUUCUUUGUUGUACAGAAAUGUCCCAUACAUUGCAAGCUGUUUACUAACCCAGGCCCCUGCUGACUAACUGCCAGUAUUACGCCCAGUAAAAAUCAAAUGUAAAAAGCCUUCCCCCAUGUUCAAAUGCCCUCCUAGGAGGGCAGUUGCCCCUCCUGUGAAUACCACUGUCUACUGCAUUUUAGGGCAUUAAAAAUGCAGGAAAAGUGUCUGUCUCAAAACAUGUCUCGGCUGCCUUGCAUUUCUUUGGGCCUUGAAUCAUUUCAUCCCCCUUCAUUUCUCGAACCUUCUGCUUCAAUGCAGCUUUAAUUUGCCUGUUCUUGAGGGAGGUGGUUACUGGCCAGCCAUGGCAGUUCUAAAGGGCAUAUUCACUUGGGUAGUCCCUGGACGUACUUAACGGAGAGAUUUCACAAUGAGCAAACUUUUUCAUUUUUUGACCUCAUAAUUUUACUUCAGAACUACACUGUUGUGCAUAAUCCAUGUCAAUGUCACAAGGAUCCUUGCAUAGUUUAACCACAAACAUGAUGGUUGACAGUCCACAUAAACAAAACCUGUGGUCUAUGAGCAUUACCAUUAGAUUUUUACCUGGAAGCUGCAACUUAUGAGUUCCAAAACAAUCACCUGUUUAUCCUAUGAAAGAAGCAUUUCGUCCACAUGCCAAUGUUUGAAUUCCCCCUGUAUACAUGUAGUUAUGUAGCUCAACUUUCCUAAAAUUUGUGAAUUGUGAAGGAAAUGUGAGGUAGGUAUGGAUUGUAUCUACAUUUGCUUCUAUACUUCAAUGCUGAUCAUGCCCAAAACAGGAUGAGUUUGACCUAGGUGAAACAUUAUUACACUGUACUACCAAUACCUAAAUAUACUUACUCUCUUUGUUGCUUUUUAUGACCAAACCAGAAUAUUAAAUAUGUCUCUGAAAUGAUUUGGAUGAACUGUGGCUAAUAGAAUGGAAUUAAUUUAACCACUGUAAUUUUUUUAGAUAUUCAAAUUUCUAAAACAUCUUUUUUGAGAAAGAGCAACUCAGAAUCGACAAAGGUGGUUAUAUUGUGAACUUUUAGAUGGUGCUUAAGAAUUCUUAUCUUGUUAAAUAUCAGUAUUUCUUUUUUUUAAAGAAUAAAUUGAAAGGAGUAAAUGAGGCAGAAUGCCACUCCACCCUCAGGUCAAUUUUAUGGUAUAUAAAAAUGCCAAUAAUAUUUGUGCCACUUACCAAUAUGGGGGAGAGGUCGACUUUUCCCUUACUGGAUGCUUUCGUUAUAGUUUAACUAUACCAUUAUGUUGCUAAGAGAGCCUCCACAAGGAGAAGUCGCCAUUGCAAUGCUAACAAGGGUUCGAAAAUAAUCUGCACGAGUCGGGUCAAACCACUUUCAUUACUUAAAAUGUAGGCACUGAUAUUUUUAUAUAUUUUUAAAUAUUUCUUCUGUGGCUUAGACAUGUGCCAAUGUGUUCACGACAUUCUGAACCAACUUCACCAGAUAUAGUAACCUACCUACAUUUUUUUGUCUAUAAACAGUCAUUUUAAAAUAAAGAACUAUAUUUGGUCUUGUGUUAUUUCAAGCUUUGGUUAAAAUGAUGAGGGUGGUAAGCUGUGACCACUAACAGACAGACUGACUGAUUCCUGAUUUCCAGUGAGUGAGCUGACCCUAAAUAUUGCACGGGUGUACUCUCGGUGAGUGUAAAUAACUGGAACUGUACACCGAUGAACAUGACAGUUUCUCUUUUCUGUUGCUGUUGUUCUUGACCUGUACUGUAUUAUAGAAUGUGGGUAUAAAUAGCUCCGAGUAUACACACAUAUGUAUAUGUAUCCCACUAUCAUAACCUGAAAGAAAGACUAUGUAUUAUCUUUUUUAUUCUGUACUGGUGUUUGUGUUAUUUAAAAAGCAAAUUUAUGCUCUAUUUAGUUGUAUUAUAUUAUAGGAUACCUUGCUGUGCACAAUUCCAAGUGCCUUAGAACAUUGUUUAGCUUUCUUAAGUAUAUAAAAAUGCAUAUAUGUAUAAAAUUGGGAAAAGUUACCUCAAUAAAAUCAUUGGGAAACCCCCAGCUUUA